CGGGACAUCCGUAUGUAAGGAAGGGCUGGGUUGUGGUGUUGUGGAUCCGUGGGAGCUGUUGCAUUCUGUAAUUCUCGGUCAUUGUUAUUGUAUUGGUUUAAUUUUGUGGCUGCGUUUGCUAGCUGGUGAUCUUGAAGGACAUGCCUGGCAUUGACAAAUUACCAAUAGAGGAGACAUUGGAAGACAGUCCUCAGACACGCUCAUUGCUGGGUGUCUUUGAGGAGGAUGCGGCGGCCAUCUCCAGCUACACACACCAGCUCUUCCAGGCCAUGCAGAGGAUCUAUGAUGCACAGAAUGAGCUCAGUGCAGCCACCCACCUAACAUCCAAACUGCUGAAGGACUACGAGAAACAGCGCUUUCCCCUGGGAGGCGAUGAUGAGGUCAUGAGCUCGACGCUGCAACAGUUUGCGAAAGUCAUCGAUGAGCUCAGCUCCUGCCACGCGGUCCUGUCGACGCAACUGGCCGAUGCCAUGAUGUUCCCCGUUACCCAGUUUAAGGAGAGGGACUUGAAGGAGAUUCUCACUCUUAAGGAAGUCUUCCAGAUCGCAAGCGAUGACCAUGAUGUGGCCAUUAACAGAUACAACAAGCUUUCUAAAAGAAAGGACAAUGAGAAGCUGCGCAGUGAGGUCACAGAGGACGUGUACACAUCCCGGAAGAAGCAGCACCAGACCAUGAUGCACUAUUUCACAGCCCUGAACACCCUGCAGUACAAGAAGAAGAUUGCUCUGCUGGAGCCUCUGCUGGGAUACAUGCAGGCGCAGAUUAGCUUCUUCAAGCUGGGCUCAGAGAACCUGACCCAGCAGUGGGAGGACUUCCUGACCGACAUCAGCACUAGCGUGCAGAAUGUCCGCAGAGAGAUGGACAGUGAAGUCAACGUCAUGCAGCAGACCAUCCAGGACCUGGAGCAAGUCAGCGACAUCUUCUACCUGCCCGACCCCGACCCCAGCAAGAUCCCCAUCAACCGGAACCUGACGCGCAAAGCUGGCUACCUCAACACCCGCAACAAGACGGGCCUGGUGUCGUCUUCCUGGGACCGGCAGUACUUCUUCACCCAAGGGGGGAACAUGAUGAGUCAGUCUCGGGGAGACGUCGCCGGUGGCCUCGUCAUGGACAUCGACAACUGCUCCGUGAUGGCGGUGGACUGCGAGGACCGGCGCUUCUGCUUCCAGAUCACAUCUUUCGACGGCAAGAAGGUGGCGAUCCUCCAGGCAGACAGCAGGAAGGAUUGUGAGGAGUGGAUUGCCACCAUUAACAACAUCUCAAAGAGGAUCUAUCUCAGUGAAAACCCUGAGGAAAUUGCCGCCCGCGUGAACCAGUCGGCUCUGGAGGCAGUGACACCGUCGCCCUCCUUCCAGCAAAGGCACGAGAACAUGCGGCCAAGCGCACCAGGCCGCCCCAAAGCGACACGCACCAGCAGCCAGGGCUCGGACUCCCCAGCCCUCUCCUCUCUCUCCUCCCUCUCCCUGGACUCCCUAGUGGCUCCCAACACGCCCAUCCAGUUCGACAUCAUCUCGCCUGUCAGCGAGGAAUGCAGCGGCCAAGCAAAGAGCUCCGGGCAGCCGGGCAGAAGGACAAACCCAUUUGGGGAGUCUGGCGAUAAGCAGUCAGAAGACGGUGCCGACUCCAUCCUGCAUCAGCUGUACAUUGUGCAUUUCCUCGGCUCCAUGGAGGUAAGGGCCAUGGAUAAUUCGGACGUCAUCUACGAGACGAUGAGGCAGAUCCUGGCCGCGAGAGCCAUUCACAACAUCUUCCGCAUGACUGAGUCCCACAUGCUGGUCACCUGCGACUGUCUCAAGCUCAUUGACCCUCAGACCCAGGUCACGCGACUAAGGUUCCCCCUGUCUAGUGUGGUGCUCUGCACCUCGCACCAGGAGAACAAGCGACUCUUCGGCUUCGUCCUGCAGACCGGAGCAGGACGCGCUGACGACCAGCCUGCCACUGUCUGCUAUAUCUUCGAGUCCAACAAUGAUGGGGAAAAGAUCUGUGACAGUAUAGGAUUGGCAAAACAAAUUGCCUACCACUCUGAGAUGGGUCGCAAGGCCUCCGAGAAGCAGAGGGAACUGGAUAAAGCCAAGGAGAAGCAGCAGGAGGAGCUGAACAAACAGAAGCAGAUCGAAAAGGAUCUUGAGGAGCAGAGCCGCUUGAUAGCGGCCUCCAGUCGGCCCGGGGCCACCGGCAAUGCCGACAUGCAGUUCCUGGUCCUCAGCAAUAGCCAAUCGGAGGAUGGCGAGGUGGGCGAAGACGGGCAGAAGAAGGCGGAGUCUGAAGCCUGACUGCAGCGAGAGCAGCCGCGAUGGGUGGAGCCACCGGGCGUGUCCAGCAAGUUUUCCAUGGCGCCGCCUUUUCCGCGGGGGCAGAGAUGGGACAAGUUGCCCGGAAACCUGCCGGAAUGAAUGACUUGUGAGCUCCAUUUCGGUGGGGUUUGGUUUUCUCUAUGAACCCAAUAUUUUUAUUCCAGUUUCUUUAACCAGAAGAUUUAUAAAAAGGAAAAAAAAAAACACUUUACAACAUUGUUUUAUUGUAAAUAUUAAUACAGUACAGAAAAACUACAACAUACUAAACUCUGGAGAGGGACUUUAUGAGACUUUUUGGGAGUGUAACUGCACAAGUUAAUAACAGAUUAUUCAGGAGGUAUGUUUAAUGGUGUGUCAUGUUGUGCUACCGGAUAGCUGCAUGUGCUUUUGUCUCUUACCCUCCUCCUCCUCCCCCCCCACCCCCCCCGCCAAAGACCGCAACUUCUUUCAGGACCUACUGCCACUACCGUAAUUUCGGCAUCUGCCUUGAUUGAUCUGUGCGCAUCUGGGUCCCAUGAGGAACUCAGGGCCAUUUACAUAUAAAGCACCAGGUGUCACGGUUUGUGUGGCUCUGUAUGUAUGUGUGUCUGCAUAUUUUUCAAUGUGUGGGAGGUUCUUGUUUGUUUAUUUUAUUCUGUCACCAUGGUUACUGAUUCAAAACACCAGCACUCGGCUAAGUGAGUUCAGCUGGUGCACAAAAUGGUGAUGAAAUAAGACACAGGGUGACUUCCAUGCCACAUUCUUAUUUUUCAACCAUCUUCCAACCAUUGCUGCUGCUGUUAUUAUUAUUAUUUUAAUAAUAGUAGUAAUAAUUUCCCUAGGACAUCCAGAACACAUGAUUUCCUUCUGUAGCAGUUCCCACCAAGCAGUGGAGUGAAUCUUCAGGUCAUUUGCCUAUCAUGGCUAAUUCUAAUAAUUCUCCUGACAUUUAGUUACUAGUGAUUUCUUUCGAAUCAUACUAUAUGGGAAAUUACUAGUUUGGCAUCACUCAGCUGUAAAAUGGUACAUUGCAUUUUUUUUUUUGUGUGCGUGACUUCAUAUACAUACUUACCAUCAGUUACGUGUGAAAGUUGUGUAAAGACUGACUGUACUGUGACUCCCAACACAAACUAAAGCACAAGUCUAUACCCAGCCUCAGGUUUGCGAGCGGCUUCUGUGUUUGCUAAAGCAGAGUGUUACGGAGCUGCUGGGGGACACCUGCCAAAUUUGUGAAACUAUAUCUGUUUGGCUUUGGAGAAGAGAAAAAAUAUGAAAAAGCCGAACAGCAACACACAUGACAGUUCUCGUGAUAUUGCUUUUUGCCAUAGAUAGCUAAUACUGUUCAGAUUGUAUAAGAAAGUCUUUCACACAUCCCAAAGGAUCCUUAAUACUUUCUGUCUUGGAUCACAUUAAGAGUUCCUAUGAUUCCACCAGAUGACAUCUUACACAGGAUAUAUUUCUUUUAAAUGAACAUUAAACCAUCUUAAUUGUGGUAUUUCGUGAUAAUUUGAUUAUUAGGUGGACAGGACACAGGACCUCUUUAGGAAAACAUGACGAUAUUUUGUAUUUGCGAUGCUUUGUGGUGUUUUACAUAUGGGUUUGUAUUGUGUAUACUUGUGUAUACGCUCACGUACGACAACUAACAGUGGGAACGUUAAGAUAUCACUCAGAUAUCAAUAUUGUUUUUCAGUUUGAUAGUAUGAAGACUAACGCAUAUUGGUUUCAUCUGUUAAAGUGCUUCUGGACUCCGUUAAUUACAUUGUAGUACUGAGGAAACUGGGUGAUUGCAAAACUUUAAUUAAGGUGUUAUGCACUUUAGUGUUGAAUGACAGGAAGUUUUUUAAAAGAUGUAUAUAACAGUGACUCUUGAGGGAAAGUGAAAACUGUUCAAGAUUCCUGAAUAUCUUGUAAACAAUAAAUGUACAGCAAUA